CGAGAGAUUUGCCCAGGAUUUCCCCACGGACUUCCCGCCGGUUUUGCACUGUCCCUCCUCUCUCUCAACAACUUUCUUCUCACUCUCACUCGUAGUUUACACCCAAGCAACACUGCUGCCAUGUCCGCCACCCACUCCUCCACCGCAGGCAAACCUAUCAAGUGCAAGGCCGCUAUCGCUUGGGAAGCUGGCAAGCCUCUCUCCAUUGAGGAUGUCGAAGUCGCGCCACCUCAGAAGGGCGAAGUCCGCCUGAAAGUGAUCGCCACCGGUGUCUGCCACACGGACGCCUACACCCUUUCCGGCAAAGACCCCGAAGGCCUCUUCCCCGCCAUCCUCGGCCACGAAGGCGGCUGCAUUGUCGAGUCCGUCGGCGAAGGCGUCACCUCCGUCGCACCCGGCGACCACGUCAUCCCGCUCUACAUCCCCGAAUGCCGCGAAUGCAAAUUCUGCAAAUCCAACAAAACCAAUCUGUGCUCCGUCGUCAGAGUCACCCAGGGCCAGGGGUUCAUGCCCGACAGCACAUCCAGGUUCACAUGCAAGGGCAAGCCUAUCUACCACUACAUGGGCUGCUCGACCUUCAGCGAGUACACGGUCGCGCUGGAGAUCUCGGUCGCAAAAGUCGACAAAUCCGCCGCGUUGAACAAAGUGUGUCUGCUGGGCUGCGGGAUCACCACGGGCUACGGCGCCGCGAGCAACACCGCGAAAGUCGAAAAGGACUCCAUCGUCGCGGUCUUUGGCCUCGGCGGCGUCGGCGUGUCGGUCAUCCAAGGCGCAAAGAAAUCGGGCGCGAAGCGCAUCAUUGGUAUCGAUAUCAACGAGUCGAAAUACGACAUGGCCAAGAAGCUCGGCGCGACCGAGUGCAUCAACCCGAAGAAGUUCGAUAAGCCGAUCCAGCAGGUGUUGACGGAGAUGACGGACGGGGGCGUCGACUUUUCGUUCGAGUGUGUGGGCAACACCGACCUUAUGCGCGCCGCGCUCGAGUGCUGUCAUAAGGGGUGGGGAGUCAGCACCAUUAUUGGUGUCGCUGCGUCGGGCCAAGAGAUCUCCACCAGGCCGUUCCAGCUCGUUACCGGCCGCGUGUGGAAAGGCAGCGCCUUUGGCGGCGUGAAGGGCCGCACGGAACUGCCCGUCCUCGUGCAGCGGUACCAAAAAGGCGAGCUCGAGAUCGACUCAUACGUCACGCACACCUUCCCGCUCACCGAUAUCAACAAGGCGUUUGAUGCUAUGCAUGAUGGGUCGUGCAUCCGCGCCGUCAUCGAAUACAAGUAAACAAGCGGUAUAUGUGUGCGCACCUACCGGUCGCACGCUCGUUUUCUGUUCUUCACAGGUCGAGCUCUUUGUACAUGCACUGCGGUCUGUCCAUCCGUAUAUAUAUUCAUUGCACAUACUCCUGCUUGGUUCGACACGAAUUGCCUGUGUCCUGGGGCCGGGGAAUGCAAACCUCAAGUGGAGGUGCUCGCGCCUCAUGUCAAUAAAUCUCUUCUAGCACGCGG